AGCUUUCUCUUUGCCUUAAAGUACAUAUCUUUGUCUCUCUCUCCGUGUAUUGUUGGAAGAUGUUAUGUCAAGUAUUCUGAUCUAGCUAGCUUCACUUGCUCCACACGUACCCCAUAGAGGAUUUCCAUGCUAUGAGGAAAAAUGCUUUUUAUAUGGGAAUAAUAACUUUCUCAAGCACAUGCCAACUAUUCCAAAGUGAUUUUUACUUCACCCUCUCAUCGUAUCAAAAGAGUGUUUUACUUCAAGGUUCUUGGCAAAACCACCUGUAUCUCUAAGUGUGUAAUACAAUUAGUCAUCUCUGUCCAAUUGUGUUCUGUUUUUAGAACCUAACACUAAUUCUUAAGCAGAGAACAUACAAGAUAGAGUAAUCAGUCAUGCCAUUUGGUUUGGUCUCACUCUCAGCCUGGAACAAGCGUCGUAGAAGCAAAUCACAAGAUCAUACAGAUCCCUGGGUUUACAAACCUGCACAGCUUUGGCAACUUGAAGAUCAAAUGCCACGACCUACAAAAAGGCUACAUGGAUCAUCUGUUUACACACUCAAGGAGAUGGAGGAGGCAACAUGUUCAUUCAGUGAUGAGAAUCUGCUUGGUAAAGGAGGAUUUGGCAAAGUCUACCGGGGAACUUUGCGGUCAGGAGAGGUUGUAGCAAUCAAGAAAAUGGAGUUGCCAGCAAUUAAAGCAGCAGAGGGGGAACGUGAGUUUCGUGUUGAAGUUGACAUCUUGAGCAGACUUGACCACCCAAAUCUUGUUUCUUUGAUAGGCUACUGUGCGGAUGGAAAGCAUAGGUUCCUAGUAUAUGAAUAUAUGCGUAGAGGGAACCUGCAAGAUCAUUUGAAUGGAAUUGGGGAAAGAAACAUGGAUUGGCCUCGAAGACUCCAAGUGGCACUGGGAGCUGCAAAAGGACUUGCUUAUCUCCAUUCAAGUUCUGAUGUUGGAAUUCCUAUUGUUCAUAGGGAUUUCAAAUCGACCAAUAUUCUCUUAGACGAUAACUUUGAAGCAAAGAUAUCUGAUUUUGGGCUUGCGAAGUUAAUGCCAGAAGGACAGGAGACACAUGUGACUGCCAGAGUACUUGGUACCUUUGGCUAUUUUGAUCCAGAGUAUACAUCGACAGGGAAACUCACUCUACAGAGUGAUGUUUAUGCUUUUGGUGUUGUUCUUUUGGAGCUUUUGACUGGACGUCGAGCUGUAGAUCUAAACCAAGGUCCCAACGAUCAAAACCUUGUACUACAGGUGAGGCACAUACUGAAUGACCGCAAGAAGCUUCGUAAGGUGAUAGAUCCAGAGAUGGCUCGAAAUUCUUACACCAUUCAGUCUAUAGUCAUGUUUGCCAAUCUGGCAUCAAGAUGUGUCCGUACUGAGAGUAAUGAAAGACCUUCAAUGGCAGAAUGUAUAAAAGAACUCCUAAUGAUUAUCUAUACAAAUUCGAAAGGCUUGGGAAUGGUUAUGCAUAGUUUGAGAAUGAUCUAGUGAAAUCACAAGUUUAGACAUUGGAAUUAUGAUGAUAUCUUGAUGAGAAUAAAAAGUGAACUCCAAAAGUGAUCAGCACAAAGCAUAACAAGUUUGGCUGAUUUUAUAAGAUGAGGAACUCAAUCCAUUAUGGACAAAGCAGAAAGAGCAUUGCCAUUUCUUUUCUCCACCCUCAUUCAUGCCCUCGUGCUACUCAAACUCCUUUCUGGUCACAUGACAGGAGUACCUAAGAGACCAUGGCCAAAAAUAUACCAACUCCCCGGAAAAUGUUCCCUAACCUACUAACAUUAAUAUUUUAUAAGGGCAUAUGAUUGGGGCAUGGUUCAACAGAUUCCAUAUGUCACAUUCAAAUUUCGAGAAUGAUAAAUAAGCCAUAGAACAUAUAUGCAUAUAUAAAUCGUUGUUUUGAUUAUAUUGAAGAAAUACAGAGUUAAUAUGAUUUGUAUUUUC